CAUUUUUUUACCCUCUAUUUAAGAAGAAAUAUCAAGUUAAUUCUCAUAAAACACACACACACACACACACACAUAUAUAUAUAGAUACACAUGGAAGCAGCUUUGGAAUCAGAAUAUGAUGUAUUCUUUGCAGAUAUGAGCAAGCAAAUAUCUCUUAUGAUAAUGGAUGACGACGAACGUGACGAAUCACUAAUCGCUCACCAUCCGUCACUAAAUCCACGGGUUUUUGCGCAGUCGAUCUAUCCAGAAAGAUCGUGUAGUAAAGGGACCGGAGUUUUUAUUCCUCAUUCUUCGUUUCCGAGAAGGAGAAACACUUACAACAAGCAAGGAAAGUUGAACAACAAGUUUCAUCCAAGGCCUUCUUUUGAUCAUAAAUCAAAAGAGCUUUCUCAUGUGGCAUGUAAUAAUAAUAAUAUUAAUAAUUAUAAUAAUAAUAAUAAUAAAAAUAAUAAUAAUAAUAAUAAUAAUAAUAUGUAGAAAAUAUAUGUAUUUUAUUUGCAGAGGUUUUUCAACUAAGGUUGGUGCCUCUCUCUAAUUGCAGUGAUUGUUUCUUU